AUGUCUUCCCUCAAGCAAUUUAUUCGAAAUGUCCGAUCAGCCAAGACCAUCGCCGAUGAACGUGCGGUCAUCCAAAAAGAAAGCGCCGCUAUUCGCGCCUCGUUUCGAGAAGAGAGCCAUGACUCCGGCAUUCGGAGGAAUAAUGUCGCCAAACUCUUGUAUUUGUUCACACUCGGAGAGCGUACUCACUUCGGCCAAAUCGAGUGUCUGAAACUACUGGCCUCACACCGAUUUGCUGACAAGCGAUUGGGGUAUUUGGGGACUAUGCUGUUGCUGGAUGAGAAUCAGGAAGUUUUGACACUUGUGACCAAUUCUUUGAAAAACGACCUCAACCACUCCAACCAAUACAUCGUCGGACUCGCCCUAUGUGCCCUCGGAAACAUUGCCUCGGUCGAAAUGUCUCGUGAUCUAUUCCCCGAAGUCGAAGCCCUUAUGUCAACGGCCAACCCUUAUAUUCGACGGAAAGCAGCGAUUUGUGCCAUGCGAAUCUGUCGCAAGGUUCCAGACCUUUAUGAACAUUUCCUCGAAAAAGCCAAAAACCUUUUGUCAGACCGAAACCAUGGCGUUCUGCUCUGUGGGUUGACGCUGGCGAUCGAUCUAUGUGAGGCGGAAGAAGAGGACGAGGAAGGACCGGAGGGCGUGAUCGAGGCGUUCCGCCCGCUGGCUGGAGGACUGGUGCGCGCUUUGAAGGGACUGACAACAUCCGGAUAUGCCCCUGAGCAUGAUGUAUCCGGUAUCACGGAUCCUUUCCUCCAAGUCAAGAUCCUUCGAUUCUUGCGUGUGUUAGGUCGGGGAGAUGUCGCCACCAGCGAAUUGAUCAACGACAUUCUGGCCCAGGUGGCCACCAACACAGAUUCUUCAAAGAACGUUGGCAACUCUAUCCUGUACGAGGCUGUUCUUACGAUUCUGGAUAUUGAAGCCGAUUCGGGCUUGAGGGUAUUGGGUGUCAAUAUUUUGGGCAAAUUCUUGGCCAACAAGGAUAACAAUAUCCGCUACGUCGCGCUGAAUACCCUGAACAAGGUUGUCGCAAUUGAACCAAAUGCAGUGCAAAGACAUCGCAAUACGAUCUUGGAAUGUCUGCGGGAUCCUGAUAUUAGCAUUCGCCGGCGAGCGCUCGAUCUCAGCUUCAUGUUGAUCAACGAAGGUAAUGUGCGGGUGCUGGUGCGCGAACUGCUGGCCUUCCUGGAGGUGGCCGACAAUGAGUUCAAGUCCGUGAUGACGACACAGAUAGGUAUUGCGGCUGAUCGUUUCGCGCCCAACAAGCGCUGGCACAUGGAUACCAUUUUGCGGGUUCUCAAGCUGGCUGGGAACUACGUCAAAGAGCAGAUUUUGUCCUCAUUUGUUCGUCUCAUCGCGACAACCCCUGACUUGCAGACCUAUGCGGUUCAGAAGCUUUACUCAUCAUUGAAGGAGGACAUUUCACAAGAGGGUCUCACACUCGCUGCGACAUGGACCAUUGGCGAAUACGCCGACAGCCUACUCCAGGGUGGUCAAUAUGAAGAGGAGGAGCUGGUCAAGGAGGUCCACGAAAAUGACAUCGUCGACCUCUUCAACAACAUCCUCAACAGCACCUACGCCUCUCAGAUUGUUGUCGAAUACAUCAUCACUGCAUCCAUGAAACUUACCGUGCGCAUGUCAGAUUCCGCUCAGAUCGAACGCUUGCGCCGUUUGCUUUCCAGCCGUACCGCAGAUUUGAGUGUAGAGAUCCAGCAGCGUGCCGUUGAAUACACCAAUCUCUUUGGCUACGAUCAAAUCCGCCGUGGAGUACUCGAGCGGAUGCCCGCACCCGAGAUUCGUGAGGAACAACGGGUACUAGGUGCCCCUGCCGCCAAAAAGCGCCAGAGCAAGGUCCUUCGCAGCAAGGCAACAACGAAGGCUGCCAAACCCGCAGAGCAUGACCUACUUCUUGAUCUGGUUGGCGGGUCCGAUGCCCCCGUCACCAGCCCGACCUCGAACGGAUCGAACACCGCCGAUCUGCUGGCAGACAUCCUUGGUGGAGAUUCGGGCGUGUCAUCGCCUUCGCCGGGACCUGCCGGCCAAAAGAACCCGCACAGUGCCAUCAUGGAUCUGUUUGGCUCUACCGGUGCUUCACCAUCCCCUCAGCCUGCACAAUCAACAUCCGCAUCGAUGGAUCUGCUCGGUGCUGGAGGCAUGGGCGCAUCUGCUCCUUCGCCUGCUACCUCUCCCGCUCCUGUCACCGCUUCCACCCCUGCACACACCGCGCUCAACAAGGACGGUCUUAUCCUCACCUUGCAGGUCCAGCGAAGUGGCACCAAUGCCCAGAUUCUUGCUCGCUUCCGCAACGACUCCAACUUCGACCGCUUCACUAACGUCGGCUUACAAGCCGCCGUGCCAAAGAGCCAACGCUUGCAGCUGAGCGCAAUCAGCAAGGCCGAUCUAGAGGCCGGUGACGAGGGCACACAAUCAAUGCGUGUGACCGCUCUGAAUGGGGCUCUUCCUGCCAAACUCCGUCUCCGUCUCCGUGUCACUUCCGCUCGGGAUGGUGGAGAUCCCGUCACCGACCAGGUGGAUUGGUCUGAGCCAUAA